AUGGACACGACGCUGAAACCGGGGAAGAUUCACCUGUGCAUAGCACAAUCGAACUCGCGGUAUCCGCUCAAGGACAAGGCUCUAGGAUCGCAAGGACAAGGGUUCCGUGACCUCGUGAACUACCAGUCGGACUUACAGCACGUGGACUUCGGUACAGCCGGGUACGUGCGUCACCACUUCUCACCGAGCGAGUCCCUCAAGUUCCUGACCAGCCCUGCUGACUUCCACUUGCCGCCGUACGAGAACGCAGCGCGAGCGGAGGCGCAGGAGACGACCGCGCCAUACGCAGUUCACGGUCCCGACCGGCUGCGUUGCCAGAUGUGCGGCCAGGUGUUCCAGCGCCGCCAGGACCUGUCGGCGCACCGGCGCUCGGAGCACCCCGCGCCCGGUGCUGGCGGCAGUGGCGGUCGCUACGAGUGCAGCUUCUGCGGAGUCACGUUCGCCCAGCGGGGCCACUUGAGCAAGCACCGUCUCACUCACACGGGCGAGCGACCGUACGCCUGCCACAUCUGCCAGCGCCGGUUCACCCAGAAGACCCACAUGGUCGAGCACAUCCGCAUACACACCGGCGAGAGACCGUACAGGUGCGAAGAGUGUCAGGCGACGUUCACCCAGAAGACCCACCUGGUGGGCCACCUACGAACGCACACAGGCGAGCGGCCCUUCAAGUGCUCGGAAUGCGGCAAGGCCUUCUCGACCAGCAGCUCGCUGAGCAGGCACCGCUUCGUCGCCCACUCCAACCAACGGGCCGAGGAAGAACCGAAGUGA